AUGAGGGCUAAGUAUAAAAAUAAAAAUGGAGAAUGGAUUAAGUACCAUAAGCAGUCCACAAUUUGGCCUGGUAUUAAAUGGGUGAUUUCUGAAGUUCAAGAAGGAAGCAUAUGGAUUGUUGGUGAUGGGAAAGACAUAUCUGUAUGGAGUGAUAAAUGGAUUAAAGAUUAUUCUAUAAUUGAGAGGCACUCUAAAGAUGAGUAUAUCAUGCAGAAUAAAUUAAUGAAGGUAAAAGAUCUAAUCUAUAAUGGAGAAUGGUGUAUCCCUGAAGUUAUGAUGCAAUAUUUUGAUGCUAGUGAACUGCCAGUAUUGGUGGGAGGAAAGGAUAGAAGAAUUUGGUCAAAGGACAAAGUUGGCAAAUUUACAGUGUCAAAUGCAACUCAAAUGAUCAGGAAGAAGUUCCCAGCUAAAGUUUGGACUCAACAGGUGUGGCAACCUUGCAUACAUCCUUACACAUCUAAAAAUAUAUGGAAGAUACUAAGAGGUGCAUGUGCAACAGAAGAAUCAAGUUUUGAUGAAGUUUUAAAUCUUGCAAAAGGCAAAAACCCAACUGUUAAAGGGGUAUGGUUCAUCUGUGCUUUUAAUAUUAUGGUUGAAUUAUGGUUUGCAAGGAAUGUUGUGAUAUAUGAAGCUGAAAUCCCAUCUGUGGAUAAAUUGAAAAGGAGAAUUCACAUAUGUGUAAAGGAAGGCAGCUUUAGAAUGAGGGGCAAAAUGUGGGGGAAUAUGCUGGAUCUACAUAUAAUGUUACAUUUUGGCAUCUCAGGGGUAAAAGUAAAAUCUGUAAGAGUGAAACAAUGUUUCUUUACAUUUCCCUCUCAAAAUCAAACAUUGAUUUGUUGUGAUGGAGCCUAUAAAAGUAAUCCAGGAAAGGCAGGAAUUGGUUUUAUUGCUAGAAAUCACUAUGGAGAACAUUUGGGGUCAGCUUCUGGUGGACUGGGGAUUGCCACAAAUUACUUGGCAGAGGUGAUGGCUCUAAUUAUAGCAGGUGAGUGGGAAAUAUCAAGAGGAUUAUUGAAUGUGUGCUUCAGUUUGGAUUCUAAAGUUGUGAUAAUGGCUUUCUUAAAUGAUAAAAUGCCAUGGAUGGUACAGAGCAUAUGGGUUAGAAUCACCAAAGCAAUUCCAGUUAUCACUUUCAGACACUCAUAUAGAUAG